UCCUCUUCUCAUUUCAUAUUGAAUCGUCAAGACGAACUAACGUAUUAUACAAAAAAUCGUAUUUAUCUCUACCGAACCUGAACUUUAUUUAUUUUUUUUUGUUAUUUUUGCUUAACAAGAAAAUAAACUGUAAAAUCGAAUUCGAAACGAGUAAUAGUACCUACAUUAUUUAAAGAUACAGAUAAAUCACAAAAUUGUACAAGAAAACAACCAACAUAAACUCAAAAAGAGAAAAGUCAAAGAAAGUUUUACAACACACAGGUCACCUCUUUUCUCCAACUCAAUAAAAUACUUGUGCGAUUGGCAAGCAAGUAGGUGCGCAACUUCACGAUUUAAACUGCAAUUUAUUUUAUUUUUAUCUGUGAGAUACAUUUUUUUGGUUCGAUUGUGAUUUUCAUUUGCGUGGUUGGAUUUUGUAUCAAAAAAAAAAAAAUAUAGCAUUCGCAAACAGAGUUUUGUGGAUACAUUUUCGUGUAUUAUAUUUUUUGACUUGUCAUAUUUCGUCGUCCAGAAAGAAGAAAGUUCACCCAAAGUGAAAUUUAUUUACCGUGACAAAGUAAUACCUAAGAGGUUUUAUUUUGAAGAUAUUAAAAAGACUAUUGGUAUAGAGUUUUUGGGUGUUUGUCAUUCGUGUGCAGUCUUUAUAAUAAAAUUGCUAAUUGCAUUUAUGAACAAGUUUUUAAUUGCUUCGAGCACUUAAAACUCAACCUCAUCUAUUAAACGGGCUAUUAAACUUUUUUUUUUUGUUGUUUUAUAUAAAAAAAAAGAAAUAAAUAAAUAAAACAUCUCAACAUCAAAAUGGCAAUAAAAAUAAUUACAACUCUACUUAUUUUGACCGUGUCUCUAGAGAUGAGUUCCGGUUCAGCGAUACCAAUUUGGGAGUUUUUGUCACGUAAUGAAAAGAUGUCUUAUUUGUAUUCAACAUUUGCCAAGCUAGUGAGCGAUCAUUGUAAGACGAAUACAGAUACUCGAACUGUACCAGUUAAUCAUUGCAAACGCGAUCUUCUCAACUAUGGAUAUGAGAAAUUACAGACGUUCGCAGAUCAUCAAUUGGACACAUUGGAUCCAUAUCAAAGAGGUGCUAAUGAAUUGAUCUGGACAACAAUGAUCCGUGGUCAUCCAGCUGUAGCAAUCCCACCCAGUCGUCACCCACAACCUACUCAAGCCCCCAGUUCAAUGGUCGUCCUAACCCACCAAAAUAACCCAUCAUACCCAUCCAAUCCUUUGUUCGAUGAACAUGAACGUAAACACGCCUUUGCCAUGGAUAUGGACACAGCUUAUGGUUAUGCACCGCCUGCACCAGCAUCAGCUGAAGAUCGUUUUUCCGUCCAUUCAACAUCUGCCACAUCAUUCAAACAGCCAACAUAUCUGAGUGGUCCAUUUGUUUUCCGAGUUCGUCCAGAUGGCACUCCUAUCGAAGAAGACAAACACAGACCAUAUCCUGUCGAUGAUGAUCUUGAAGCCUUCCAAAUUGCCAAACAGAGUAAAGUAGCAACAAUCAGUAGCAUCAAGCAAAAGAGAUUAGCUACUCUUGCCAGUCAACAUUUGACAGUUCAACCUCAAUUGCAACGUGACAGACGUCAAUCCAAGGUUGUCAAUAAGCAAUAUCAAUCUGUGGUUGGUACCCCUUACUAUAGCCGCCGAGUGGUUCUUGUGUAAAAAAGAAAACAAGGUCGUCAGUGAAAAGGUUAAGAGCCUAACGUGUCUAGCGAUAAAGAGAGGAUCAACUAUAUAAUUAUGCUUCCUGGUUGUCAUAAUGACACAUCAUCCAAGUAUUCCUUAGAUAAGCAUUGAGCAUUUUAUCAUCAUCACAAAAACACAUGUCAAGCUUGUAACGAGACGGGGGGCUCUUGAUGCGGAGAUAUAUUUAUAAAUUUAUACUAUGUGGUAUUCUUAAGAUCUGUUUAGACUGAAUGCAUGUAAAAAUGAAAAUGAAUGAACAAAACUGAGUGACUGAGUGAGUGGUUUAAUGGGUAAAUGCGACGAGACGAUCUGAUUGUAUAGGAAAUUAUGCAAAUUUAAACUUCAUACCGAUUAUAUACAAAGCAAAAA